AUGUUUUUAUUCAUUAUUUUAUUUAUUCUUAUAAAUCAAGUAAAAUCUUGUCCAUUAACCGAUAAUUAUUUAUCACGUUGUCAUUGUGGAAUAUUAACAAAUGGUGAAUCAUAUAUAAAAUGCGACGAAAAAACUCUUAAUGAAAUUCCAUUAUUUAAACGUUCAUUUCCAUAUGAUGAACUUAUAUUAACAAAUAAUAAUAUUAAAAAUUUAACACGUUCAUCAUUUGAUAAUAUAAAAACAAUACGUCGAAUUAAUUUAGAGAAUAAUUCAAUAUCAUUUAUUGAUAAUGAGUUAUUACGUUUAUUAGGAAAUUAUUUAGAAGAAUUAAUUUUAACAGGUGAUAAUAAAAUUAAUUCAUUAGAAUUUUUAACACGUUAUCCAUUAAAAAAUUUACGUAUAAUUAAAUUAAAUAAAUUUAAUUUAAGUCAAAUUAAUCUUGAAAAUAUUUUUAUUAAUAUGACUAAACUUGAAAUACUUUCAUUACGUUCAUGUCAAUUAAAACAAAUACCAAAUUUAUUAAAUAUUUAUCAAUUAGAUUUAGAAAAUAAUCAAAUAUCAAAUAAAAUUUAUUUAUCAACAUCAUAUAUACAUCUUAAUUUAGCUAAAAAUUUUAUUUCAUCAAUUAUUUUAAUCAAUAAUUCACAAUUAAUAACAUUAAAUUUAACAAAAAAUAAUUUAAAUGAAUUUUUAAUUAAUUCACAAACAAAUAAAAAUUUAGAAGAUUUAAAUUUAAGUUCAAAUUAUUUAAUAUCAUUUAAUUUUUCAUUAUUAAAUGAUAAUAUAAUAAAUAUUAAUUUAAAUUAUAAUUAUUUAUUAAAAUUAAAUUUAAAUGAUAUACCAAAAAAUUUAUUAAAAUUAUCAUUAAAUAAUAAUUAUAUAAAACAAAUUGAUAUAGUAAAUACAUCUUUAUCAUUAUUAUAUCUUGAUUUAAGUUAUAAUCAAAUAAAAACAAUUGAAAAAAAUUUUUUAUUUCAAAAAUUAAAUUAUUUAAAUCUUCAAUAUAAUCCACUUGAUUGUAAUUGUCAUUUAGAAUGGUUAAAAAAUUUAAUAUUAUAUCAAAAUAAAAAAAUUAAUACAACAACAUGGACAUGUUUAAAAAAUAAUUCUUCUAUAUCAUUUCUUUCAUCUGAUUUUCAAUGUUCAAUAAUAACAAAUCCAAAAAUUCAAAAUUUUAAUAUUUCAUAUGUUCAAAUAUCAUUUCAAUAUGGUCUUUUUAUUCAAUGGUCAAUUAUUGAUAAUGAUAAUUUAAUUGAAUAUAUACAAAUAAGUAUAUCGGAACCAUUUUAUCUUUCACCAAAACUUUUAUCAAAUCAAACAGAAAUUUUUUUAACUAAUCAUAUACAAUCAAAUAAACAAUAUCAUAUAUGUCUUAUUUUAUUAUAUAAAUAUACACGUGAUAAAUAUUGUCGAGUAUAUUUAACAGAUAAACUUAUUAUACUUAUGUCAAAUGAAAUAAAAUUUGAAAAAAAUAAUUCUUAUGAUAUUAAUUUAUUUAUUAUGUUAAUUGGUUCAUGUAUUGGUGGUUUAAUAACAUUUAUAUUAAUAUUAAUAUGUUUUUAUUUAUGUAUUUCUAUAAAUAAAUAUAAUUUAAAAAAAACAAAUGAAAAAAAUCUUUCAUAUUAUUCAAAAAAUUCAAAUUUACAUUAUCCUAUAUAUCAUACACAUUCAAUAAUAUGUCCAUAUCAUCAUGAAAAUACGUCAAAUUCAACAGAUAGUAGUCAAAUGGAUAGAUCAUUAUCAACAACAAAUUUAAAACAUAUUUAUCAAACAAUUGAUGAUCAUGAUUAUUCGAGUUUAAGACAAGAAAAUCAAUUAUUUGAUUUAUGGAAUCAAUCAUUAAAACAGAAAAGAUAG